AUGAAGCAAGAAAAUGGAAAAAAAAACAACAAAAAAAAUGAGAAAAACAAUAAUGAUGGCAGUCAUUUAACUCUUAGUGUUGAGGGGAAAAAUUUUAAAAGGUAUAAUUCCCCCUUUGAAAGUAAUAAAAAUGGAGCAGCUGAUAUUUUGUUAAAAAAUGUCAAGCUUAUUCCCGAUUUUAAAAUUGGGAAAAAAACAACUUCCUUUAAGGCCAAUAGCAAAUCAAAUAUUCCAGAAUCUCAAUUAGGCAGAUUGGGAGAUGAAGUAUGUUCCAGAAAUGGUAUUUUAACCUCAAAAGAUUCUAGCACUGCUUUAAAUUGGGUAACUUCUGUAAUUUUAAGAGGUAAAAAAAUAUUGCAAAAUAUACAAGAAGAGAAUGAAAUCAACAGAGCAGAAAUUCAAGAUAUUAAAGAUUCUCGUAGAUUAGAAAGUGUAAAUGUAGAAAACAUUUUAACUAAAUCCGCUAAAGAUUAUUAUUGUUUCAAUGAAAACCAGGGGCAGAGGGAUAAUGAUGAUAAUUUAGUGAAAGAAGGAGGGGCAGCACAGCUUCUUGAAAAUGCUUCAGAAAAUACUUCAGAAAAUAAUUUAGAAAAUAAUUCCAUUGAUGACCUUUUUGAACGUUCGUCUCAUGCCACACCGAUUUCAAAUACAUUUUAUCAUGGAUAUCAUAAUAAGGGAUUGGGAAAUGACGAAGAAAUGCUCGAUAAUAGAGCGAUAGGAACUGAUACAAAUCAAGAGCUAAAAGAAAAGGAAAAAGAAAAAGAUGAAUCCCUUGUCAUUCUUUCUAGUACUGAAGAAGAAGAAGAAAAUGAAAAUGAAAAUGAAGAUGAAAAUGAAAAUGAAAAUGAAAAUGAAAAUGAAGAUGAAACAGAAAAAGAAAAUAAACAGUUUCAAAUACAAACGUGUCGUGAUAAUAAUGAAAACUCGGAAAAUAGUGUCAGCGGAAGUUCAUAUAGUUAUUCAAGUGAGGAAAGUUCUGGAUUUGUGUCAGACAAUUUCAGCAUGAAAGUUGAUCAAAAGCAAAAAAAUCCUAGGCGACACAGUGUAAUAAGUUCUGAGCAUGAACAACUAGAUUCUUAUCAUAAAUUUGAUGAACAAAAAGAUUUAACACAUGAACAAGAUUAUAAACACACUUUCGAAGAUUCGAAGGACAAAUUUAUGGAUUGGAAACAUCGGGAACAGUCAAGUAUUAAUCAUAACAAGGAUGAAUCUUAUGAAACUACAUUUAAAAUAGCACACGCAGCCCUCAAUGAGUAUAAUGCAUUUGAGCUUAAUUCAUUUUCUAAGGAGCCUUCCGAUGAUGGAGAAUAUAAUUCUGAUGAAUCUCCACAACCUGUUGAUAACACUGUAGAACGUAGCCAAUUUAAUAUACAUGGUGAAAGAGGACAAGCCGAUUAUGAAAGGUUACAGUUGGAAGAAAAAGAAUUUGGAAGUGACGAAUCCGUUCAAAAUAUUGAUUCUGGCUCUUUUUCAAAUGAAAUAAGUGAAGGAAAAUACGAUUAUAAUAAGGAAGACACUGCUGAAAAUGAUGAAGAGUGCAAAUCUGAGUCUCGGACACCACCUUUCAAUUAUUCUUCUAAAUCGCCUUCUCAUAUGUUUCAACAGCAACAGUCUGGAUUACGCCCUGAAAGAGAUGAAAGUGAAGCUUCCAUGGUUUCGGAUAGAGAAACUACAUUAGAUUCAGAGGAAAAAAUAACGCUAUCUGACGAAAACAUUAUCAACAAUAGACAAAUAGGAGAAAACAAAAUAAAUAAUGAGAGCAACCAGUCAUCUUCUACUUUUAAUGAAGUGUAUGAAAUUGCAGAUAACAGCAGCGAAUCAAACGAACCUAGUAUUCACGAAAAUAUUAAUACAGACAAUAAUGCAUUGAAUGAAAUUAUUCAUAAAGGUCCCGAAUUUAAGAAAAUGCUAGAAAGUGACAUAGGUUCUCAUUACGAAGAUGAAAAAAAUUCAUAUACAGAAUCAUCUGCAGGUAGUGAAUCUGAAGAAAAUGAAGAACGGAAACAACAUUUAUCAAAUGAGCUAUCCCAUUUUCCGGAAGAUAAUACUUGUAGUACUAAUAAUGAAGAUGAUAAUAACGAAAACAUUGAUGAUAGAGAUAGCGGUGAAGAACCUUCUGUGAGCCAUACACCUGAGGACAUUAUUAGCAAUAAAGAAAAUUUUGAAAAAGGUAAUUUAUACUCUAAAGCAGAAAGGCUUGCAUCUAAUGUUUUAUUGAACAUGAAAUUGCCUAUUUUCAGAAAUUUUCAAGAUUUCGUUAAUCACCAAAGUCAAGUAGGUGAUCAGGACCAAGUCAAAAAUUUCGAAGAAAUUGAAUAUGGAAACGAAACCCAAGAGGCAAAGAAAAAGGAUAUGCAACAAAAUCAAGAACUGAUAGAAGAAAAACAUAGUCUAGAACCAGAAUAUCACACUGCUUAUCAGGAACAACAAACGCAACCAGGAAAGGAAAGCGGUUAUGAUGGUCCUCGGAACCGUGAAUGUCACGAACAUACACUUAAAGAAAAAGGACAUAAUAAUGAAGACGAGGGAAACGAAAAUGAAAAUUAUUCAAAACCAGAACAAUACGAACAAUUAAUGACUCAUCCAACAAAUGGAAAAUCAAAAAAUCAUAGUAAUUCCUCUUAUGUGGAACAAAACAUGACUUUUACGGAGCAUAAGGAAAAUGUAGUGGUGGGAGAUGAUAUUUUCCGAAACUUGGCAUUCAAAGAAGGGACAGAUAAUGCAGAACAAAAAGUAUCAGAUCUAAAUGAUAUUGCUUCCCACAAUAAAAGGCAUUUUAAUUCGAUUGAGUUAAGUGAUUCUUCUGAUGAGGAAUUUCUUCAUACUGCUCAAAUAUCUUUUGAUAAAACGACCGAAGGUAUUGGUCCAAAUCAGGAAAAUCAGCCUAUUGAUGAAAGUUUAAGUGGGGACACUUCCAUAGUAGUAAAUAGAAACCCAACUAACAACACUAGUAAAGCAUGUAUUAAUGAGAAUUUUGUGGAAAACAAUAAGAUUAAUGACAAAAUCAUGUAUUCCAGCAAACCAGCCAGUUAUGGUGAAGACUCAGCUGACAUUUCCAAAAUUAAAGAUAACACUGAAUACUUUUCUUUUAUUCAAAAUAAACCAAAAUUUAAUUUAGUAUAUGGGUCAGAAUAUAGUAGUGUAUCAGAUGAAGGAGAACAAAAAAAAGAUAUAAACGCGCAAGACUCCAAUUCCAACUUGGAUAAAUAUGUUUCUCCUUUUCAAGCAAACCCUUUUACUUUCAAAACAGAGAUUAAAUUAGACCCUGACUAUGUGUCUCCUUUCCUUACAGAUCCAUUUAAUAACGCCAAAUUAAUGAGCGGGCCCGAAAAACGAUUAAUGGCAGUUUUAGACAAAAUACACAAAGAGAAGCGUGUCAAGCCACAGAAUGAAAAACAGAAAAGUGGAGCAUGUCUGAAUAAUAAUAAUAAUAAUAAUGAUAUAGAUGCUAUUUAUUCAAAUAAUUCCAAGCCUAUUCUUACUAACAGUUUAACUUUAACCAACAAAAAGGAAGAAUCCAUACAGAAUCCCAACAAUCAUUUUGUAGAACCUAACUUGAAGGAAAGUUUAAAAGCUUCUGGGACAAAAAAUACCACAGCAAGGAAUAUAAUUGGUGUUAAUAAAGAAAUAACUUUAUUUGGCAACAGUUCAAAGGCCCCUAUGGACCAUGAUACUGAAAUUGGUGAGGGGGAUGCCUUUGAUUUAUCUGCAAAUUCGGAACCAGAACAUAUUUUAAUGGCCAAAGACACCAAGAAACGGGACAGUAGCCACAUUAUAAGUGGGAAUAAUAAUAGCGACAAUAGUCUUUCCAAUGCUUCGAUUGUUAACCUUGAUGAAAAAAACUGUGAGUGUGAAUCGCAUCAUGUUACUAUUCCUGGAACUGAAAAAAUAUUAGUUAAAGAUGAAAUUGUGAACCCAGUUGAAAAGGUGCCGGUAACUUUGGUUUAUGGUAAUGAUGAUAAAAAAGACGAACCUGAAGAUAAAUCAUUGAGGGAACUUCAAAGUAAAGAUACUUCAAGGGAUUUGGCCUUGUGUUCAGCAGAUGAAUCUUACCAAGCUGGAAAUAAAAUUGAACAGCCAAUAGAAAACAGAAUAUUGAACAAUUAUGAUGCUAGAGAAAUAUCAGCUAUACCUGAAUCCGAAAAAAAGAAUGAGGGUAACUGUGCAUUCCAAAUCCAAGAUCAACAACUUUCCAGUAAUACAGACAAUACCUUCAAUCCUCAUAAUAAGGAUUUCGCCGCUCAAACACAAAAAAAAGGAGUAUUUCCUAAUAAUAUGGAUAUAGAGAAAUCCAAUGUGGAAAAAAUUACUUUAAAAUCACAACAGACAACUAAUGACAAUGAUGUCGACCCUUAUUUAAAUAAUGAGGCAAGGGAAAAAGCUCUUUUUACCUCAAAAUUGUCAAAUAUUGCUGAUGAAAGAACAAAAGUUUCGCCCGGUAAAAAUAAAAACUUGCUAUCUGAAGAUGUCAAAGCAUUUUGUUUGAAAUCCGAUCUACCCGCAAUAACUAAAAGUUUGUCUACUGUGGUGAAUUUAACUGAUAGUGAUAUUGAAAUGGAAGAUAUCUCAAAUGCUCCUACUCCGGUGCUAAAGGAUGAUUCAUUGGAAUUACCGAAAGUUGCGCUGCAGAACAUAAAUUUUGGUGGAAACUUUACUGUUAACUCUGGACUAGAAUCUUCUGUUUCUCUUGACAAAUAUACUACACCAUUAGAAAGCUUAAAUGGGAACGAAGUAUAUGGAAAGAAUUGGCGCAACGAUAACAGGAGUUCGGUAGAUUUGGAUCCUAAGUUGUUUGUUGAUUCCAAUAAAAUGGAAGUUAAUGAACUGCCUGUAAAAGGCGCGUUUGAAACAAAUGAUAAUGAACUAAGACCCAUUAUAGAAGCUGACAAUGGGGGUAGUGUUCUCCCCGAAAAUGGCCAUUUGGGAAAACAUGAUUUAGCUAUUGACAACGAAAACGCAAUUAAUUCUUUUGAAAAAAUUCAGCUGCAAGAUUCUUUCCGCAACCCAGCUAUUUCCCGCAAGGAUGAACAUAAGAGGGAAAGUAUGAAAAAUACUACUUUACCACUAAACGAGGGGAGGAAAGAUAGUGAAGAAUAUCAAUCAAUGAAUGUUUAUAAACAGGAGUUUAAUGAAGUUGCUAAAAAAUCUUCUUCUCCUAACAAAAAAUUAAGCUUAUUAAAAAACAUUAUAUCUUCCCCGGUAAAAUUCGCUAAAGAAAAGUUGAAUAACUUACGAGCUUUAGGCUCGACAGCUAAUGAAUUUGUUAAUUUAUUGGAUAGUGGAGAUGGUACUAGCAGAGAAGAUACCCCAAUUCCUUUUACUGGAACUGUUCAUAAUAAAGGGGAUCAUCCAACGCCCAAUGUCAAGAUGGAUUUUACUGAGAAAAAUGAAAGGAAUUGGACGUCUGAUUUGUCGAGUAGCGAGGAGGAAAUUCAUUUGAAUAGAAUUGCUAAGGAAUUAAAGGGUAAAAAUAAACCACCUAAUGUAAGAAAAAAUAAUUUUAGUGAUUAUAAUAUAGCUGAUAACAAAUAUUCAAGUACAAAACACAUUAAUAAAACUAAUGAAUUGGAUGCGGGUAUGUACGCUGAAAUAAAUAAGGAAGGUGCUAAAAAUGUAAACAAAAACAAUGCAGCUAUUGCUUUUGGAAAAACUAGUAAUGAAUACAUCAAAUUUGACGGAACAAACUCAGAUGUAUCGGAUAGCUUGGACCAGGAUAUAUCUUUUCAUAGCACACAGUGUGAACCAAACAAAGAAGAAUUGAAUAAUGAAAAUAAAGAAGAGGGAAUUGUACAAGUUCCAAAUUUCUAUGAAUUGCCUUUUUUAUCUGAGCAUUCUGUAUUAUCUUCUAUUGUGGACGAGAGCAAAAAAGACCUAGUAAUUAACGGUUUCGAUGGAGACUUGGUUAAUAGUCAAAAUCAGGUCACUAAAAAUAUGCCAAUGUCCAUUUAUAACGAAAUAAAAAAUGCUUUUAAUAGUGAUUCUCUAAAAGAGGGACAACAAUUAGCGAAUGAGCGUGCAUUAGAGCUAGAAGAAAACAAAGAAGGGACAAGAGAGACAGAAGAAUAUUUAGAGGGGCAUAAAACAGAAAUUAAAAACCCUGAAGAGCAUAUAGACCAGAAUGAAGAGCGUAAUACUAAUGUGGUUGACAUAAAUGAAAGUGAAAGACACUUGGAAAACACAGAAGAAUUAUAUAUUGUUGAGAAUACUCCGGUUGAAAACGAAAAUAGUCUGGGUGAAACUGAAAAACAAUUGGAGGAUAAACAAGACAUUAGUGGAAUUGAAGAGCAUAUAGACCAGAAUGAAGAGCGUAAUACUAAAGUGGUUGACAUAAAUGAAAGUGAAAAACACUUGGAAAACACAGAAGAACCAUAUAUUGUUGAGAACACUCCGGUUGAAAACGAAAACAGUCUGGGUGAAACUGAAAAACAAUUGGAGGAUGAACAAGAUAUCAGUGGAAUUGAAGAGCAUAUAGACCAGAAUGAAGAGCCUAAUACUAAUGUGGUUGACAUAAAUGAAAGUGAAAAACACUUGGAAAACACAGAAGAAUUAUAUAUUGUUGAGAAUACUCCGGUUGAAAACGAAAAUAGUCUGGGUGAAACUGAAAAACAAUUGGAGGAUGAACAAGAUAUCAGUGGAAUUGAAAAAGACUUUAAAAAUCAAAGUAACUCUAAAAGAAUAAAAUUUGAUACGAACACAUUCAAGAGAAAAUUAAGUAAAAGCCCCAAUGAACCUGUUGCUACUAAAAAAAUUGAUGAUGAACACAAAGGCAUCAAAAUACCUGUUACAGAUGAAAAUGAAGCAGUAUGUGUGAAACCAGAAACUAUAUCAGUAAAAGUGACUGACUUGAAGGAGGCAGAUAAUUAUAAUGGUAGAGAUAUUGGUGUCCCAAAAACAGAAAAAAGAAUGAAAGUGAGUCGUGGAGGUAAAAAGAAGAGAAGGGGUAAAAUGAAUAGCAACAAAAUAAAUGGCGAUAAUGAUAGAAAUAUAGCCAACUCUGUCGCUAAUAUCAAUCCUAAUAAGACAUCCAAUCCAACUAAAAAGACAAAAAAAGUUGGUCUUUCGCGCAAAAGAAAAAACCCAAAAAAUACUGAUGCACCAAUUGCUAAAAGAUUGAGGAAAAGUACCUUAUCCAAAAAAAAUAAAAAAAAAUAA